AUGUUGUUCUCCACUGCCGCUCUUCUUCUCCUCUCUUCGACUGCGCUCGCCGCGCCCGCUACCCUCCUACCCCGCGCCGCUCAGUGUGGCCAAUACCAAUCUCAGUCAUCCGGCCCAUACACGCUCUACACCAAUGGAUGGGGAUUCUCUUCCGGAACCGGCUCUCAGUGCUCUCAGAUUGACAGCUAUAGCAGCACAGCUGGCUUAGCCUGGUCAACAACAUGGUCAUGGUCUGGCACGCCCAACCAAGUCAAGAGCUACACAAAUGUCGAGACGGGCUUUACGAAGAAGCAAAUCGGUACUUACACAAGUAUGCCGACGACGUGGAAGUGGAGUUACACUGGAACCGAUCUGCGGGUCAAUGUGGCCUACGACACCUUCCUCGGCGCAUCAGCCAGCGGCACCAAUCUCUUCGAAGUCAUGGUCUGGCUCGGUGUCUACGGCGGCGUAUCACCCUUGUCCGCAAACGGAUAUCCAUUCACGCCCAUCGCGACCGUCACUAUUGGCGGUCAGAUCUUCGAUCUCGCAUACGGUCUAAACGGUUCGGUCAAGGUAUACAGUUUUGUUGCUCGUGGUGGACGGGCGACGAACUUCAGCGCCGACUUGAACCUGUUCUUCCAGUACUUGUUGGCAAACUACGGGAGCAAUGGUUUCACGAGUAGUUUGUAUCUGCAGGUCGUGCAGGCGGGUACGGAGGUGUUCACUGGAAGCAAUGCGAAGAUGACUACGACGGCGUACUCUAUCGCUAUUAACUAA